UGUGUGUGUGUGUGUGUGUGUGUGUGUGUGUUUGUGCGCGCUCGUGUGCGCCUGUUUGUGUCUGUCAAUGGCUGAAUGACUGAGCACAGCAACAGCUGUGACGGACUACUUGAUCACAGACCCGCCGACACUUGACGCACACACAUGAACAUGCGCACAUGCACCUCAGUCAGUCCUGAAGCUGCAGUUAAAGCUGUGCAGCAGCUCUGAUAGCUUUGUGUUCUCACAGCCUUUUUUCGUUUUGUUUGACCACCUUUAUAGAGGCCACCUGCAAUGUUUUGACUCUGUCUAAUUAAGGAGUUUUGCAAAAGAAGUGGGUGGAAACGCCUGUUUCAGACGAGAAGGGAGAAUCUCUUUUGAGGAUCUUCGAUUCCAGAAACGUUUGCAGAACCCUUGCUCAGAAGAACUUUUCUUCAUUUCACUUGAUAUAACUCUAUCCAGCACCUUGGCCGCCGUCAAAGAGGACCACCUUGUGGAUGUACGGACUGGCAACAGCUCGGGCCGACCACCGGCACCGCCUUCCUCUCGUUCUUGUUUCAUGGACGUCUUGUUCAGAAUUAUAGUUUGACCACGCUCGCCAUGCUGGAACACCUGCCCUGUGUCGGCAUUGACCCUGCCCCAUUCAGGCCCCAGCCAAUCAGCAGCAACAUGGACGAGAGAGCCAUGCGGUUCGAGUUAGAGCGCCAGGCCUGUCAGAGUCUCAGACAAGUUCUCCAGCUGAAGCUACAACAGAGGAGGACCAGAGCAGAGUUGAUCAACCAGGGAAUCAUGCCGCCUCUGAAAAGUUCAGCUGCCUUCCACGAACAGAGACGGAGCUUGGAACGAGCUCGGACUGAAGACUAUCUAAAGAGGAAGAUCAGGAGUCGGCCGGUGCGAUCCGAACUGAUCAGGAUGCACAUCCUGGAGGAGACGUCAGCGGAGCCGUCGCUGCAGGCCAGGCAGCUGCAGCUGAAGAAAGCUCGCCUCGCUGAUGAUCUGAAUGAUAAGAUCUCCCAUCGGCCGGGGCCCAUGGAGCUGAUCCACAAAAACAUCCUGCCGGUUCACUCCAGCAUUAAGCAGGUCAUAGAGACACAGUUUCCAAAGGCUUCGGGCAAUAACUCCUCAUGUGACGAGGACAGCAAUGACAGUCUGUCUCCAGAACAGUCAGUGGGACAGGAGUCACCUCUUGGCAUGGGACCUCUGCCCUCUCCACCAGAGACGUUGGCUGAGAGCAGUACCCCCUCCCCUACACAGGUUCCUCCUUCAGCUCCUCUCCUCCCACCUCUCUCUGGAACCUCCCCCGAGUUGAAGCUGUCCAAUGGGACGGUAACACUUUCCGCCCAGAGGAUGGGUGUUACCUCUCAGAGUAAGUCCCAUUCUAAACCAUACUCUGACCGCUCCGCCCAGAGACACAAGAAACCCAAGGACAACAAGCCAAAGAUAAAGAAGUUAAAGUACCACCAGUAUAUCCCCCCUGACCAGAAAGGGGAUAAGGAGCCUCUUCUCCAUCUGGACUCAUCUUAUGCCAAAAUCCUGCAGCAGCAGCAGCUCUUCCUGCAGCUCCAGAUCCUCAGUCAGCAGCAGCAGCACUACAACUACCACGCCAUCCUGCCCGCACCGCCCAAACUUGAGAAAAACCAGCAGCCAUCUUCCACCUCCAAUUCCAUCACCGCCUCUUCCCCACCUCGACCUCUUGUUGCCCCCUCUAGCCAGGGCAGUCACAGCAGUCAAAGUUCUGCUGCUUUAGUUGGGACCAAGCCAGUGACUCUACCUCCAAACCUGGAUGAGAUGAAGGUGGUGGAACUGAAGUCCCAGUUGAAGUUGCGCAGCUUGCCCGUGUCCGGCACCAAAAACGGCCUCAUCGAGAGGCUGAGGACCUACCAGGAACUGAAUGGAGGCGGUGACACUACCUCCUCUCCAACAGCAGGGGGUAUCGCAGGGCCGGGGGCUGCAGGAACAGGAAGAUCCUCCCAAGCUGCUGCAGCCGCCACCACCACCGACAACACAUCACAACAGCAACAGUUUCGGUGCCGCCAGACAUCCUCUCUGACAAGUCAGCUAGGUAGCACUGCCACUCCACCUUCAGCCUCUCCUCAGCAGCUUGUGACCUGCAGUGGCUUAGUCUCAUCACCGGCCGUCUUCUCCCCCCUCUCUGACCGCCCGCCGGCCACCAGCAGCCCAGAGGAUUCCAGCUUCUGCAGCGAUCCUUCGGGGGAAAUGAUGAGGUCACCUGUCACACAGUCGAACCUUCAGCUGUGUCCAGGUGCUCGGCUUCAAACUGAUAUCAAAGAAGAGGUCUCAUGCUCCACCCCAGCUCCCUGCCAGUUCUCUUCAAAGCCGCCAGCCUCUCUGCAGAAACACUGCCUGGUCUCAUCAGCUGCCCCCAACACUAAAACCGCCGCUCCAUCACAGACUAUUGACAAAGACAAGAUGCUGCGGGAGAAAGACAAGCAGAUAGAGGAGUUGACCAUGAUGCUGAGGCAGAAGCAGAGGCUGGUGGAUGUGCUGAGGAUGCAGCUGGAGCACGGCAAGAGAGUUUCGGAGCCAGUGGUUCUUGUAAGAGUGAAGCAAGAACCUCCUGAUAAGCCCGGUGUACCUCUCUCGUGCGGCCAGCCCCCAUUUCUCCUUCAAACAUCGUGCGUCAUGGAUGCCACUAAGUUUGCCGUCAAACAGGAGGUCAUCCAGACAGAGGACGUUGUGCCUGAGACAACUAUGCAGUCAGUGAACUCUCGUGGAUUACCGCGGCCCUGCAACCAAACUCAGGAGGCACAGGAGCAGAUCCAGCUGCACACGAAGCCACAGAAAGAACAACACGACGGUCUCCAGCAGAGCCCUCUGCAGCUGGCCCAGCAGCAGGCCAUACAGAAACUCUUGCUGCAGCAGCAGCAAAACAUCCAGAGGUGUAACCAGGUGCUGGAAAAUCAACAGAACCUGCAGAGACUGUCUCAGCAGAGAAAGAAGAAAUCUCACAAACAGCAGCUCAAACUGCAGCAGCAGGAGCAACUGUUGCAGUCGCAGCAGAUGCAGCUGAAGCAACAGAUUCUAAUGAAACAACAACAAAAAAUGCUGUUUCAGCAGCAAAUGAAGCGGCAGCAACCGACUAAACAACCACAGCAAAUCCAGAUACAGACCGAGAUACAUUUGACGCAGCACCCGGUGCAAACGCAACAGAAACAACAGGUGCCGCAGCAGCAGUCGCCACAGGUGUCUCAAGAGUACAUCAAAGAGCAGUCAGGCUCGGCCCCCUCGUUCCCGCCCUGGUCAGACUCCACCCCGGCCCUGGUCACUGACGGCAACGGCAACCACUUCCUGAUUGCACUGAGCAAUCACCUCACUGAGAACCAAAGAGCUGACACACCCGAGACAACCAAUCCAAUCACUCUCCAGGCCCAGAAUAGGCGACCUCAGGGAUCUGUAGACGAACCACAGCAGGGAGCUGCUCAGUGUGUAACUGCACCGCCCAGUCUGCAGCCUUUCCUAAAGGACCAGGAGGCCGCUCCCUCAUGGAAACACACCUCAUCACCCUGCUCCCAAACUGAGGUCUGCUCUAGCCUGGACGUCUUGUUCAGUCCUCUGUCUCCGGCUUCCAAUCAGACAGCUGCCUCUUCACCCGAUAACAAAGAUACAGAGCAUGAAGAUGAUUUCAUCGACAUCAUCUUGCAGACAGGAGAAAUGUCAGCCCCCUUCCACGCGGCACCUGACUCAUCACUGGACCGUCUCGAUCCCAGCUCCUGCGCCUCCUCCCCACUCCAGCUGUUGCUAUCUCCCCCUGUCCCGCCCAGCUGUGACACCCACCAGCCCGCUCCCGAGGUGCAGUCCGAGCUUCGGGCUCUGGCGGUCACCACGGAAGAGGUGCAGUGCCUCGGUAGCGCCGGAGGCGGACGCCUGGAGGACUUUCUCGAAAGCACUAUGGGCAAGCCUCUCCUGGGGGUCGAGCCUGGAGGUCUGUUGACUUUGAUCGAUGACCUCCACAGCCAAAUGCUGUGCACCCCCAGCAUUCUGGACAACGCGCCGUCUCCCAUGGACACCUUCGACAUGGGGGCUGAGGGGGAGCACGGCCUGGACAGUAUGGAUUGGUUGGACCUCACUUUGGGGAGAGAGCGGGGAGGGGAAAGCCCCUCGCUGUCGCCCCUGGGCCCCCAAACACCUCCUAGUGCCUUUUCCACAGACUUCCUGGACAGUUCUGACCUGCAGAUACACUGGGACUCCUGCCUAUAGCCUACCACGGUUACACACAAACACAAACAUGUAAGCGAUUGCUGAUGUAUCAGUAGUCGAUUAGAGCACUCUCUCUGCAUCUUCGAACACACUGGUUUAUUGAAUCCUCAGGCACUUUGACCUUUAUUUUAUCUACACACUGCAGUAUUGACUUCAGUGCAUACAAAUAUUAGGCAGGUCCUAUAUCUGUUCUGUGCUCUUCAGUUUUGUCGACACUAGAGAGGGACUUCUGUGGUCUUGGACCCAAUAGGUGCUGAGGCGUUCCUAAAAUGGGCCAUGUACCUGUCACUUACAUGAAUGAAAUUAAUCUUUCCUCUGUCACAGACAACAUGGAAAGGUUGAGCGGUUUAUGUGACCUUUGUCGAAUUAGAAUGCAAAGUCCUUCUUAGCUGCCCUUUAAUCCAUGAUUUACCACUGCAGGAAGAGAUAUAGGGUAAUCAAUAACCAAAGUAAAGGUGAGAGGUGAGUGAUUUUCCAGCAACAUAUUAGUAAAUAAGGUGGAGUAGCAAGGUUGUUUGCCCUCCGCUGCUUCAUGGCCAUUAUUUUGAAAUAUUAAAAAUAUUGAGCAGUUGUUUUUUUCCUACAGAAAGAAAGCAAGCUGUGGAAACAGUGGGAGAACUGCACAGCAUCGUCCUGUAUUCUAAUGUAUGAAUUUUCAUGAUUUUAGGUUAUUCUUUAAGAUAAAAAAUACAUUAAGUAAAAAGGAAAACUAUUCAAGGAUGGGGUCUAAUUAAGUCCUUGAUUAUUUCAUGCACAACACAACUUCCUCUAAACAAAUCUCUUUAAAAUGUUUUAUGCAACCGACGACUCGCCAGUAUGCUCUGGGAAUUAUUAAAGAGCAUGCAUUAGGUACUGAAUCCUGCAGACGAGGAAUACCAAAUAAACUUAAAUGAUCCAAUUUACUUUGCAAAAUUACAAAGAGAUUUUUUUCAGAUCAUUUUUAACGUUUCUUUUAAAUUGCACUUUGAUGGCAGCUGUCUUAACUUUUCCUUUGCCGCAAUGCUUCUUUACAGUAUGUACGUUGUAAAAACAUACUCACAUUUUUGUGAGUGUCUAUGGCAUGAAGCCCUCUGAAUGUAAAGGUGGGAGUAAAGUCUAUGCAUUACUGCACCUUACUUAACUACACAGCCUGAUGUAGACUGUACAUCCAUAUUUACAAUGCUGCAUGUUCACAUAUGCCAGGUUUUCUGUGGUCAUUGUGGAUGCUUUAGUCUUAAAAAACUGCCAUACUGUAGUUUCUUUCUCAUCCCAUUGGCACUUAAUGGAUAAAUGCACAUAUAAUACAAAAGGGAAGGGAAACUCCUGCAGCUUAAUAACGUCUUGAGACAUGAUUUAUAGUAAGAUGAAAUGCCUUCAUACUGAGGCAUUUGUAGUAAUUUUCUUGUUCAUUUUAAUGGUGAUAGUUGUGUCAUGUACUGUAUCAGUACCAGAGCCAGUGGGGCUAAAGAAACAUUUUAUUUCCCUCCCUGAGAUUUUUCAGUGCUGCACUAUACCAGUUUAGACACUGAAAACAGAAGAUACAUUUGUUUGUAUAGUUUUUCUAAACAUAUAUACCAGAGUGUAAUACUCUGUAUUUCGAAUGUUCUGUGACAAUUAUCAGUUUUGCGACUCAUACACAAGCUCAUUUUUGAUUCACACCAUCUUUUGCAUUUAUAAUUUUACACUUUUAUGUGUAAAAUCAUUGUUAAAGCUACAGUGUGUAAUAUUUAGAGGAACUUAUUCACAGAAUAGGUGCGCCACCAUAAAGUGUCCCCUGUCGGGUUGUGGUUUGCGGCUUUAAAUUAAAGAAAGAAAUUGGUUUAAGUGGUGGCCAUAUUUCAUCAGCCAAUCACCGGUUUUACUGGUAAAUUUGAAAUGUGACGGAUGCAAAUUGUCACAACUUAAAGUCCAAAAUGUUUCAGUGUUGUGCUCUCUAAUGGUUUGUGUGGUUCACUCUGUGGAGUUGUGCUUACUUCAGGUUUUAUUGUUUGUACAACAGCCUGCCUUCUUUUCUGACUUUGCUCGUACUCUCUGCUUAAAGGAACACACUGUUACUACUGUGCAACAAAAACUAUGAACAGUUACACUGUAAAAAAAAAAAAAAGCUCACUGAAGCUGGUAUCUUUCUUCAUUUGAUUUUCGUAAUAAAAUGAUAUUUCACGAUA